AUGCUGAUAACUUACACAGAUGGCAGCCCAGAUUGCUAUGGCUGCGAACAUUAUGACAACAGUGACACAAAGUGGCCCUUGAAUCAACAGGAUUGUGAGGAUAUCACUCCCUAUGAUGCCCUCAUCCUGGGGGGACAAUUGGUGCCUAGACGAGGCGUGGUGACUUCACCCAAUGUAUCUUGGUUGCCCUACAUCACCGUCGCUCCUUUGCCUGUCCAAGCCUGCACUAAUGGUCAAUUUGCACAUGCCGACUUCACCAUCUGCCCCCAAUGGUGGUUCAGCAAAACGGCCCACCUCACCUUCGUGCUCUGGCGACCACUCGAGCAGGACAUCAGGAAGCACCCCCUUUCUUGGCUCUGCCGAAAUCGCACGCACCAAAGACCCAAAAUCUGUGGUGGUCUCUUCUUCAUGGCCAACCGGAUGCGCAAUGCUUCAGGCCACCUCUCACUCACAACAUUUUACUAUUGGGAUCUGGUCUGGCACGUUGCCAGCUUCCAAAGGCUGUACAUGGAAACUCUUGCAAUGGUGGACUGGUUCAAAACCUGGGAGGCUCGCCUCCUUGAACCUAACCGACAGGUUUACCCUGUUGACGAGACUGUGAUGGGGGCCAUUACUGACAGUCUCGAGACAGCAGAGACUCUCUUCCACAUUGGGGCGCCCGUUUGGCUGGCAUGUCAGGCGCAUUUCAAAGGGUUUCUUGGGGCAGAAGACCUGAAGCCAGUUGUGACGGAGCCGCAAAGUGGCUCGUUAUCCGUAGAGCCAGGUACAGGGCCCAGUCGAACAGACCGCGAAGUUCUUCGAGUGUCCCCUUACUCAAAUCCUGCUUCAUCCUCAACAAAGGCUUCAGGGAGUAUGUCAGGGGCAUGCGUAAAUCGCGAUAAGUUUUGCGAGAUUGAGGAGGCCUUCAUACCCCCUCAAUCCCUGGUGUGGAAGAAGGCGCUGCAAAACGUGAAUCUCGACCCCUCCCGCAUCAAGUCCUCCAAAGAUCAUGUCCGUGGUUACCAGUUUCCCGACCCCUGGCUUUUUAUGAAGGGAACAAACCAUAAGGCUUUCACGCUCGCUUGGCUGAUUUCGCACAGCCAGUGGCUUCAAUCCUUCAUGUCUCUCGAUUACUCUCCAUCGCCCGCCCCGCACACUCAACACUGGUGCGAUUUCCUGUAUCAUUUCUCAAAGGAGAUGAAUCUUGUUGAUGGUUCGUGGGCUGAGAAUCUUCCAACAUCACAACACAGUAAGAAGGGUAAAACUCCGGCAAAGGGUGGUAGAAAAUCGGAAAAGUCGAAGCAGAAUUACACCAUCAAGCGAGGGGAGUCUCUAAAGAAUGCUCAAACUACGUUUUUCGGACCCAGGGUUAAAUUGGGUGAAUGUCCGCAUUCGAUCUUCUGGCAUGAUGUUUCGGUGAUGGAGGGGAAUACCGACAAUCUGACACCAGCGAUUUCAGCGGAAAUUCUGUGGAACCUUUUUGAGCAAAACUUUCGUUUGGAGCUUCGUAUGGUCGACCAGCAAGUUUUACCGGCAAAUUGGGCCUCGCAGGAAUUGGCGGCAGUUCGAGAUGAGUUGGUUUGGAGGACUUUCCCUGAGGACGAUGAUGGAUAUAUUGUUGGGAGAUUGCCAGAGACCAAUGUGGGACUCGUCACAGAGAACUGGAGGGAUCGGGCAAGGAAAGUUUUGGGGUCAGAUAAGAGUGCCUUGUCUGUGAUCGACAUUCUGCUUUCUUCCCCCUUCUUUGUGUGUCCUUCACUCAGCCAAGUCAUCAUGUCAAUGUACAAGAAAAAACCAGCUAAGUCUUUGCCACCAGAAAAUGCUGGCCUUUUUCCUGUAAACACUGCACCCAAAUCCUUGAAGGCCCAUAAAGCUGUUAAAGGAAAUCUGUACACACCAGCUGGACAUUUUGUCCAGCCCUUUAAGCCUGGGGUUUCCAAGAAAGCAGACCCUUUUCAGCCACUGGCAACAACUCUUACCUUUGAAAAUGAAGGUGAUACUGUCCAGUUACCAGGCAAAAAGCAGAAACAAUUUCAGCAUUGGGAAACUGAGGUUUUUCCCAGUCUAAUGGAGCCAUAUGUCAAACUUCUCCAUGAAACGGACUCUUUGCAAGAUAUGGUGCAAUUUGUAAAUGAGCUGUUUGUAAAUGCAGCUCCAAAUACUACAGCUUGGUGUGAAACCUUGGAGACCUUUCUUGGAAACAGAAGAUACAAGUUAACAACUCGGUUUGUGUCGUCGUUUUGGAAGUGCUAUGCAGUGAUAAGGAUGUUGGAAUGGAACAAGGUUUGA